UAGAAAAGUAUUUUCCAGAUUUUUAUACAUACAUGGAUUUGCCUAUUUCCAUAUUUCGUACAAAGAAGGAUUUAUAUAUGCUUCCGUCAUACUUUGUUAAUCUGAAGUCAAUCAAAAUGGUGUCUAUAUGGUCGGAAGAUAUUACAGCUGCAAAAGUAUUAGCAACGACAUUACGCAGAGAUAUUACAUUCAUAAAUGCACACUUCGAGUUUGGCUCCAAUAUCAAGCUUUCUUGGAAAUGGUCGUUUUCUACUUUUAAUUUGAUUCCACAUCUUCUCUGGAACGAUUUAAAGGAUGGAGAUAAAAUUAAUCCAAACGAUUAUACAGGAUCAGUUUAUGAGCUUUUUUAUAACGGCGUAUGGCAAAAGCCUGUGAAGAAUGAUUAG